CAACGAAAAGAACGACUUCGAGCGACUCUCGGAGUUUCUUCAGUUCAACAUUAACUAAACUUCUUUUAUUUGAAUUCGUUCUGAGAAGAAGAAGAAAAAAAAACAACAACAACAACAACAUCGAAGGAUCAAACCUGGUGCUUUACCGUCGUCAGAUAUUCGGUGACACUUUUAAAGAGACACAUCGAGGGAUCGAUUCCGGUUGGCUACUGUUUAUACUAGGUCUUCGUUAAAGACGUUCUGACGUUUAACCGAAAACUGGUGUUUCAUUCAUUACUCGUUACAUACAGCUAUAUGCGGUAUUUACCGUGGCAUACAAUAGGGAUCAGUGUACAAGGAUCUAAUCAGCCUCAUGGCACCAUCCAGAUAAAUAAGGACCUUUUAUCUGGAGUCGGGUUUACUUAUUUUAUAACAAAAGGUCAAGAACUUGGAAGUAAGACAGAAGCGUAAACUCCGAGGCAGUGACCAGACCAAACUAAUCCACAAUGUUCUCAUCAUCACAAUCAUCACAUUAUGUCAAAUCGAGCAAAGUGAUUUCCUAUGAAACGCAGAAGGUGAAUCGGGCCCGAAGUCAUGUGACCACCAGUCACGUGGACUUGUCUAGAAACUACAAUGACCAACUGGCUGAUCGAAUGUUCUACAGUACAACGGCGAUCGAUAGCAAUGGAUUGGUCGACUCAUCAUCCACUCGGUAUUCUGGUUCCUCCAGUUUCGUCCCCUAUAACAACACCCGCCAUUCCAGCAGCAAUACGUCUUCUGAAGGAAGCAUCAGAGAAUUUGUUAUCAACCCUGACCCUUUGGACCAAGAAGGGACCUAUUCGGUUGGAAUCAUCUUUGAUCGCACUGUGAACGACUACAUCAAAGACAAGAGCUGUGUCACAGUGGAAGCCAGGUCGCCGUCUGGUCGGUUGAUAACCUUCAGCGGAGAGACCAACUACACGGCGAGGUUCGAUGCUUCUGAAAUCGGGAGAUGGAGCGUGAAAAUAUUGUACAAUGGCCAUUGUGUGGAGAGCGGUGAUAUUUACGUGUGUGACCCUUGUAAAGUCCGUGUGAAAGGACCAACUCACGGCACUGUGGGUGAAAUGGUCAGAUACAGAGUGAACUCGUUGGAAGCUGGACCUGGAGAUAUAAACAUCGAAGUGUUUCUCGGGGAGAAGAAAAUAGCAGCUGACGUAGAGCGUAUGAAGAAACAAGUUGUGAAGGCAGAUUUUAUACCCCGGGUGCCCGGCACAUAUCGAGUCAAGGUGAAAUAUAAUGGGGUGGAAAUCAAAGAUAUCACUCAAGUCACUUCCCCCAAGCCGGUCAUUCAUAAAGCUGUGUUCUUUAUGAAAAUUGACGAUGAUGAAUUUGGAGCGAAAAUUAGCCUUAAAUGUAAGUAG